AUGAAUCGCCAUCAGAUAUUGAGUGGAGCCUGCAAUGCAGGCGACCGCUGUUAUGCUGUCGGUUCUGUCGAGGGAAUAUCUUUUACCGCAUAUGCAGCCGGGUGCAAUAUUGUAAUUCUUGCUAGUAAUUUUGAAAGAGUUCAAAUAAUACCGGGAGCUGUUCAUAAUUAUAUUAGAAUAAGUUGUCUCGAUUGUAGCACAGAUACUGGAAAAAUUGCAGCUGCUUAUGAGAACCAAAUUUGUAUUUUUGAACCAACUCCACUUAUUCACAGUUCUUGUUCUCACGAAUUGGAGUACAGAUGGGUUCAAACUGGAACAUUAUUAACAGAUUCCACUAUCACAUCAUUAUCAUGGAAUUUAGAAGGCACUCGUUUAUUAACCGGCGGCGAGCUUUUACAACUAUGGCACCAAAAUAUUCAGCCGUUUCAGGAAGAGCAAACAAAACCAAAAACACAAACAGAAGAACCCCCGAAAGCAGUUGAACAAAAUGUUACAGGAAAUUCAUCUCAAGAUCCCGAUGGAGUGACAUUUUCUAUUGGUGGAGAAGCUGAGAGUCCUGGACCAGGUGACUCAGCGGCAGCUAAUGAUCCAGGAGCAUGGAACUGCGUCUGGAAAUGCCGAACAGCAACUCCAGUCCAUCUGAUGAGCUUCAGUCCGGAUGGUACUUUGUUUGCUACAACUGGGCGUAAUGAUAAAUUAGUUAAAAUAUGGUUUGAAAAUAAACAACUUUUCCCUAUGAGAAGUAUGGAUCAAUUGAGUUACUGUCAGUCAUUGUUACAUGACAGCUAUAGCUUCGUUUACAUAGCACAUCCACGCGCGGUGACACACUUAUCGUGGCGGAAGACUAGUAAAUAUAUGCCAAAAGGCUCUGUAUCCAACAUGCUCGUGACAUCAUGCCGCGACAACAUAUGUCGAGUUUGGGCCGAAACAAUACCGCCAGAGAUCGAGGGUCUAGCUAAUAUGAGUCAGUUUGAAGGCUCUGAUAGACAUGGGCAUCAUGGUAAACAUCGUCAUCACAGUAUGCACAAGCAUCGAUUUAUGCAGCGUCUUAAACACAUGAAAACAUGCUUUCACAUAAGACGUCAUGCUAAACAGCAGCAACAUCAAGCCGGUCAUUCGGCUCCGACACUACCUACGUUACCUUCAACUUACUCCGUUCAUGAUUUCCACAAUAAUUAUCAAGGCUUCGGUCACUAUCCUGGAAUGCACUUUCAUUUGGCAGCUAGUAUCAAUGCUGAAACUGACCAAGCGAGCAGUGAUCAAUACGUAACAGUCAAUAUUUUUUUUAUUGCAGACAUACCACUGGUACCAAGUUUAAUAACUGGAGAUCCAGACAGAGAACCUAAUUUUAUAUUGCACUGGUUGAAUAAUAAAGAAAUGUAUUUUACUAUGCAAGCGGAAGGAAUUCUCCAGGAACUCACGCGAAAGGUAGUAGAGAAAGAAGAAGGCCUACGAAAUCAUGAAGCAGAUCAUACUGAGCAUGAUUCUGAGGAUGAACAUACACCAAGCAGCAUCUUAUCAUGUUACGGUUUGGCACAUUCUUUAGAGAAAGCUCCGAAACACCAGUCAAAUGUCAAGUCAGGAGUUGGUGGUCGAACAACUAGUCAAGACGAGCAUAGUAGCGAUGAACAUCAUACUGCACACACUGGAUCCUCACAUCACAGUUUACCGUACAGUGGACACUCUCAUCAAAGUCUUAGCAAUACUACCUCGAUAAAUUCGAUAGCAACAGACGCCACAUCAACAAUGAAUCACACGCCAGACUCACUGGAUACUAAAAUAGAAACAUUACUACGCGACUGGCACCACAAUCCUGAUCUUUUAUUCUCGAUCCAUCCAAUUGACGGUAGUUUUUUGAUCUGGCACAUCGAGUGGCUGGACGAGUAUCAUCCUGGAUCAUUUAGACAAGCUCAAAUAUCGUUUUCUACACGUAUACCCAAUGCGUUUCCUCUCGGAGAUGCUUCGACUAUGAGCCACAACGUGUCUAUGUACUCACACAACACUGGUGGACCGUUGUUGAGUAUACGAGAGGUCGCUAAAUCAGUGUCUAAGCCGCUGGAUCAUCAAGAAAUUGCCACACCACUACCUAGUCUUAUUGAACAGGACGAAGAACAGUCGACGUUAACUUCUAAAGCUGGACAAGAAUUGUUGCAAAAUGUUCAAACAUUUGUAACUUCUAAAGAUAACACGACAACUGCUGCGGAAGAAAAUGCCGCUGCAGAAGCUAACAAACAAAAUCAAGAUGCAGUUAAUGAUUUAUUGAAACAUCCAAGUCCCAUGGUAUCAAUGGUUUCGAAACACUCUAACGGAACUUUGAAUCUUUGGCAAUUGACUUUUGGUGAUAAAACUAAAUUUUCCCAAGUAUUAAGUAUUGGACACGCUUGUCGUGCCUCAGGUCAUCGAUUUCGUGUCAAUGAUAUCACUUGUCAUCCAGUUUUGCCUCUGUUAGUAACCACAUCACACCACAAUAUUCCCGAAUUUAAUCCACCAAACCCAGAAAAUGUAAAUACUGAGACCCCAGAAACACGUAAUCAAUCUCCAACUAAUGAAUUACUAUCAGCUACUGGUUUUUGCAGUGAAUUAAUUCUCUGGCGUGUGGAUCCAGUAGGCCCGUUGUCUAAAAGCGGCGGAGUAUCUGAAUUAGCGCGUAUUAAUUCCUUGGAAAUAUCAGCGUUCAGUAACGUCGCGUGGAUUCCUACAUUAUUGCCCAGCACCACCUUAGGAAAUCUUUCAAACUCUGCGAGUGCUUGCUUUGUGGCAAGUGACGGUCAAUGCUUAAGAGUCUACCAGGCUGUAAUCGACGCACGGACGCUUCUAGCCGAGGUGUCAAUAAGCGAGAGAAAAAGCCGUAUGAUGGACUCGAUGGCAAGUCUGUCAACAGACAUCUCUUCAGACGAUGGCAUCAGAAAUUCUAUUCAUGAUAGAAUAAAGAUAGUUUCACAACAAUCAACUGCAAGACCAGGUUGCAUUAUUCAGCUGGAUGCGAUUUCCGACGCGACACACGACUGGCAAAAUACACAAUUUCUUCACGUAUUUCAAGAACAGCUCAUCACUGGAGAACGCAAUGAUGAGAAGCAACCGGGAGUGGACCCCUCUGCCAAUGAUCUAGGUCUGAUGGAGUCGACUCUUGACGCAAUGGUCGAUCUCCAACAAUCUGCGAUCUUCGAGGAGCCUUUUUACAUUGUAGUUCUCGAGAGAACUACCAAAGGAACUACUGUACACAUGUGGCGGAUAGUCAUAGCUUCGCAGCCUGAAACUAACGGACUCACCGGUUCAAUGAUGUACGUCCCGGACUCGCAUCUAGUUCAAGAUGAAGAUGAAGAAGGAACUCCUGGACGGCAUUCUGAAGGCAGAAGAUCGCGUCGACAAAGUCAAACCACCGGUGGUAGAAGCAGACGAUCUAGUCAAGCUGAUUAUGACUCGUCGUAUGCUCAUCAUCAUCAUCACCAUCAUCACAAUAGUCACGUUCUUAUAACGACAACCAAAGUUUGCACCCAAGACCUGCCACUUCCUGAUGGCGUUGAAGUAGUCCACGCUUCACCUGCUGCUGGACAUCUCAGCAGCUCUUCAAUUUAUCCUGCUUGCUUUGCUCCUUAUAUAAUUGUCACCGCGUGUAAUGACAGUACCGUACGCUUUUGGAAGUGUAAAGUUUCUAAAAGUGAAGAUGAUCAGUUGUCAUACGAGUGGCGGGAAUGGGAAAUGUUCAGAAAAGAUCAAGAGUCAGUGAUUGAUAUUUCAGGAACGCCUUUGAAUGUCAGUGCUGCUUACAGUGGUCGUAUUGCUUGUGCUUACAAGUACGGAAAAUCAUUCACUAGGCCAACCAAAGCUGAUCCUGAUUCGCGUUAUGUUAAUUUAUGUGUCGCUAUUUAUGAAUGUGAAAGUACGGGAGGCAGUGAAUGGAUUCUUGAGGAUACAAUUCACCUGAAAAAUAUCCAUUUGCCCCGAAUGCAAGUCGAUCAACAUUUAGACUUGAGUUAUUUGUACGACAGUAGAUUUUUGCAAAAGAAACAGCGGCUUACUCAAGUCCUGCAGACGCUUAGUCAUGAAGAUAUACGUUCACCGAGAAAUGGUGAUAACAGUGAAGCUAAAACUACUGCUGGAUUGUUGGCAGUUCCAUCAUUCAGUACUCUUCAAUCUUUGAGAAAAUCAAUUAUUGAAAAUGGCAACACUUGUCCGUUGACUCAAAAACAUUUGGUACAACUUGACUGGGUAUCUAAAGAAGACGGGUCACAUAUUUUAACAGUAGGUGUUGGCUCUAAAAUAAUGCUUUUUACUCCAGUAUGCUCCGAUCUUGCACAAGCGAAUAUGAAAGCCAUGAAGGAAUCAAAAAAUAACAAUCGUCCGAUUUUACGUAAAACUUCCUCGCUAGCACAACCUCAAUUCGUUGACGAGAUUCGUUGGAUGAAGCUGAGAAAAAUAAAGUUAACUACUGCUGACGGAUUGCCGCCACUGCCUAUGCAAAUUUCCUGGGUAAGAGACGGUAUUUUAGUCGUGGGAAUGGAUUCUGAAAUGCACGUGUACUCACAGUGGAAACCCAACCCAAAAAGUGAGUGUCUGCACUCGACUCUGCAGCACCAGGAGUCUGAUGAGUUUCAAGCUUCAAGAAAUUUACGCGACGAAGAUCUAAGAACUCUUGCACAAGAAACAUCGCAAAGAAGACUGGCCAAUGUCUCAUCAAUACCCCAUUUGUCACGCGUUAGUAGUAUUAAUUUGACGAUGCUGGAUAUUAAACGAAGACGUGGAUUACAAAGUGACACUGUGACAAUUGAUUACAUGCCUGACUACGGAUUAUUUGAAGCUUCGCGUAUAGCGUGUCCAGUUUUGCCCCAGUAUCACCCGAAGCAGUUGAUGGAACUGCUGCACUGUGGUAAAAUUCGGUGGGUAAAAGCCAUUCUUGCACAUCUAGUCAAAUGCAUCGCUACAACUUGCGGUGCUAAACAAGACGAUGAAAAUAAUUCAAAGCAGCGCAGUGGUUGGACGCGUACUCGCACCAUGUCUGUAAAUUACACCGGAACUAGUUCUCCGAUGGAACAACGAGGAUCUACCACCCAAAUUCCAGAAGAAUUUUUCCUCGACUAUGCAGAAAUAGUUUUCAUAACUCCGCUACCACUUUGGCGACUUUUAAAAGCCGAUAAAGAGUCUUGUGCUACGCAGACACAGGAUGAUGAUAAGCAGGAUUACAAUGAAUUGUUCGACGGCCAUAUAGACGAAGAAGAGUCGUUGGACGCGAUGUUAGAAGAGAGUUACGACAGUUCAAGGCAGAUGGAUCGUAGGUCAUCUAUCCCCGACAAACAGAGUGGUGCUCACUUUGGACCGCGUGAAGGUCGCCAGUUGUCACAAAUGUUGACGCACUCGCAUCUCCCGGGGCUGUCUAGCUUAGAUCAGAUGCAUUUACUCGCCCUCGCUGACACUGUGUCUACUUGUGACGUUGAUUUCGCGGAGCGUUUCGCUAUUGAUGCGGCAAAGACUGCGAUAGCGAAAGAAAAUCUUACUGGUACUCCAGACGGCACGAGUGUUUCCACCAAUUCUCUGGAUGAUUGUGGUCUGAGGUUCCUUUUAGCUAUGAAGCAUUAUAACUAUCUUAUUCGUUGCCUUCCUUUGUCACAGCGAGCACAAUUUCAGAAGCAAGGAGUCUCAACGAAUAAUUUAGUCUGGGCGUUUCACUCAGAAACGGAAGAAGAAAUGCUGGGUUUGAUUCCUUCGUACGCCAAAGGCCAGCCUAAGUGGUCGGUUUUGAAAGAACUAGGUGUUGGCUGGUGGAUUCGAAGCAAUGCAGUUCUUAAAACUUGCAUAGAAAAGAUUGCCAAGUCCGCGUUUCAACAGCAUCAAGAUCCACUGGAUGCGGCGAUUUAUUACUUAGCUAUGAAAAAGAAGAACUUGGUAUGGGGCUUGUUCAGGAAUAAACGUGAUGACCGUAUGACUAAUUUCUUCUCUAAUGAUUUUAAAGAAGAUCGUUGGCGAAAAGCUGCUUUGAAAAAUGCCUACGCAUUGUUAGGCAAGCAGAGGUUUGAUCACGCAGCUGCGUUCUUUUUACUUGCAGGGUCUCUGCGCGACGCUGUUGAAGUUUGUUUGACUAAGUUGAACGACAUACAGCUGGCAAUGGUAAUCUCGAGGCUUUACGAAGACGAUAUAGCUUCUCCGAACUUCAAACGGCUGCUGUAUGAAGAAAUUCUAGGCUGCGAGGAAAAUAAAACAGUCACUGAUCUAACUCGUGUGCAUCCGGAUCCAUUUUUGAGGAGCAUGGCUCUGUGGAUGCUGAAAGACUACUCGGGAUCAUUGAAUACACUUCUGUUGACUAAUGUAGGAACGCAGCACGCACAGUACAACGACGAGUCUGAAAAACCUGAAGGCGCGACUGCUAAUCCAAAUGUCUUUAAUUUCUACGUGUACCUUCGAACACAUCCGUUGUUAAUUAGACAAUACAUUGCUUCUACUGCACAAGAUAAAAAGAAAGUAACCUCCGUGGUAUUGUCAGGAUUUAGCUACGGGAUGGAAUCUAAAGGUCAACCGGACAAACAACUUACUCUGGAGGACAGUAUUACUCCCCUGGAAAGACAAUUGUAUUUUACGACAGCUCACGCUCAUUUUAAGGCAGGCUGUCCUGCAUUGGCGCUCGAGGUUUUGUCUAAGUUGCCUAACAAAGUUAUGGAACCCAACGGUGAAGAUACUCCCAGUAUUUUGAAUAGUCCCAGCAAAUCUCAAGCGAAUGAUUCGUUGAUAGAUACCGGUAUGAUGAACUGGGAUACGCCCAAGAAAGUUGAAAAUUCAGACUCAAGUUCUGCCAUGGAUUGGGGCAGCUCGGCCAUGGACUGGUCUCAGCCAGUUAUCAAAGAGCCAGAGGAACUUGAACUCAAGUGGGAUGACGAUGAACCUGGUGAAGAUGCGGAGAGCCCGCCUUUGAGCAUGGAUACUGAGAAGAAGACUGAGCAGCCGAAAGAAGAAAAAAGAACUGAGUCUCCGAAACCUGUAGGGCAGCUGGAUAUAAUGGCGCAGCAAUUAAAAUUCGUAGCUUGUUUAAAAAUUUUAAUGGAAGAACUAUCAACCCUUGCUACGGGAUUUGAAGUUGAUGGCGGACAAUUGCGUUAUCAAUUGUAUAUUUGGUUAGAAAGGGAAGUCGAUGCGCUGAAACAGCUUUGUAAUUACAGUGUAAAUACUGACGGAGAUGUUUCUAACAUUACUGAGUAUGACAAUGAAGACAUUGGUCCCUACAAACCUGGUGAACAAAUGACGUUACAUGAAAUUUUGUUAUCCGAAAAAUUAGACUUUGAAGCUAAAGUUCAGAGAGCAGCUAGGAGAAAAAAGUGGUUGAAAGCUAAUGAAACAUUAUUGCGAACCAUGCUGUCGUAUUGUUCUCUUCACGGUGCAUCGGGUGGUGGAUUGGCAUCUGUGAGAAUGGAAUUAGUUUUGCUGCUUCAGGAAUUGCAGCAAGAAAAAACCCAACAACAAUUACUGAGUCCUUUACCUUUCCCAACGACUUUGCCGCUUUUGAGUGCAAGCGUCGCCUGUAAUAAGACUGUUGUAGCCGACCCAGUAAGACAUCUUCAGGCUCUUGCUCAUGACAUGCUGCAAACAUUAAUUGAACUACGGAAUCCUCCGACUUUGAGCAACAACGGUACUUGCUAUGAAAUCUUCACACUUCGUGAUUUGACUGUCGCAUUGAGUUCCUGCAUCUAUCAAUCACUGUGUGACUCCGAUACGACUAAAAAUCAGCAGCCAGAAAUAUUCCCAGCUAUCGCUGAGAUUGAAUCGUUCUCUGGUGGUCAUUUAGUAGCGUCAAAUAAAGUUACGCGUCGCUAUUCACUGGAUGAAACGGUGACAAUAACAACACCUCCGUCUAAGUGGCCUGGAGUGACGAAUCUCCGAGCACUUUUGGCACGUGAAAAGGACGAAGAUACGCCGAAAUUAAAUAUUCUUUUGUGUGAAGCUUUUGUGUCAACAUACAUGAGUUUAUUUGUCUACGCUCUUGCGAGCUGUGACAGUCAUUUGCUCUUUCGUCUUGUAGGACAUCACUUUGACAAUAAUACAUGGUCAUGUUUGUUUGGUGGUGGUGUCAAAAAAUUGGUACGUAUUGCCAGUACAAAUCGCAAUGACAGUGCGUCGAGUGUCGUCGAACGCGCCGAUAGUAUUUCCGGAGAAAUUCAAGCUGCUGCUGGUGGUGUUUGGAGCACAAUGACGUCAUUGACCAAGCAACGUGUUAAAUUAAACAUGAAAUUACUUGGACAAUUUACGGGACAAACUCCUAAUAUUAAAGAAGACAAACCGACGUAUCGGGAGCAAUUUGUCUCCCCUCAGAUGAGUAUGGUGUCGUAUUUUCUAAUGAAACCAAGAAUUGAAAGUGAGUAUGCUGAUGAAAUAGACUACGAUUCUUCGGAUUCAGCAGUUUCGGAUUUAGGUACGUCGGACGAGGAGGAAGAUGUCUUUGAUACUAAUGCUAAACCAAAGAGUAAACCAAAGGACAAUACUGAGCAUCUGAACUCAAAUGGGUACAGCUGGUGUGUCAUGAGAUUGGCUAUUGUUAAGAUACUUGAGCAGCAGCUUCAGAACUUUUUAAAUGUCGCUGGUAUUGAGUUGCAAGAACUGCCGGUAAGCAGUCCGCUGAUACAUGCCAUUCUGGGCGUUGUUGCGCAGUGGGAAGAUUCGUUGAGAGAUGAAUUGGAGGCCAAAGGGCCGCCACCGAGUAAUUAUAUUCUUGGAUGUACGCCAGAUCCUAAUCCUUCACCGGGUAAACCGGCUAUUCAUAAAUAUCGCGCUCUGCUGGAGAAAGAAAAUACACCUUUUAAUACUCGGCUUGCUAGCGCUGCGCCUGUUAAUCGCUUGUGGCGUUAUUUAGUAAGACAGGAGUCUGUUCAGGACAUUUUUAUUCGAGCGGUGUUUGGUAAACAUCGCUCGUUAUCGGUGAUGAUGGAAAAUUCACAGUCGGCUGUUGACAGCGCUACCCGUAGUGGUAGCGAAGAUAAAGGAAGCGAUAGCGGUACGACAAGUCUUCCUGAGCCUGUAAAUCCUGGAUUAAUGGCUCUAGCUACGCCUCGAGAAGUCCAAGAAAUGGAUAUAUCCUUAUUACUAGAACUUCCGUCGUGGCUUGAAGAUGAAUGUGAAUUCGAUAUUAUUAAUUUAAAUAGAUCUGUCGAACCAGAGCCUAUUCAGCCUACUAGUUUCUUAGUCAUUCAGACGGCUGCUGAUAGACCAUUGUUAGCACAAAAUCCAUUACCAAAUACUCCACAACCGCAGUCAGGAAUCGCUAGUCAGAGUGGACGUGGAGCAAGUGUGAUACUGAAGCACAAAACUGAUGGAAUAAGAAGAUUAUCUGCACAUCCAUUAUUACCUCUGUACUUAACUGGAUCUCAAGAUGGAUCAGUAUCUUUAUGGGAAUGGGGCCAUCAAACAGCAGUAUCAACUCCAAGACCAGCUGGAACAUUCGCUAAAGUAACACGUGUACAUUUUUCACAACACGGUAAUAAAUUUGGAGUUGCUGAUUCCGAUGGUCAUCUUAGUUUAUUCCAAGUUGCGUGUCGUGAAGGAACAUCGCGACCUUUCUUUAAUUACCAAUGUCACAGUAAAGUAACUGCUGAUUUUGUAUUCCUGGGAGCUUGCAGUCUCGUCGCUACAGCAGGACAUGGUUCUGAAGGUCGCAAUGUAGCUCUCUGGGAUACAUUACUCCCGCAAAAUAAAUCUCUCGUUCAAGGUUUUACCUGUCACGAUCAGGGGGCAAGUUCAGUUAUUCUUGCUCCACAACAUCAAUUGUUGAUAAGCGGGGGCAAAAAAGGUGAUAUUAAUAUUUUUGACGUAAGGCAAAGACAACAGAGACAUCGAUUCCAAGCUCACGAAUCAGCCAUUAAGUGCCUGGCACUUGACCCUCAUGAAGAAUUUUUCGUUAGUGGUGCUGGUGAUGGAGAUAUCAAACUACACGUAGAUUCAGCUGGUCGUUUAUUCUCGUGUGGUGCAGAUGGUUCCAUGAAAGUUCGUCAAUUGCCUGAGCGAGACUGCGUAGUGCAUACGUAUUACUAG